CUGCAGCACCCAGAAGUGAACAGCAGGCGACCCGGAAGGUUUGAAGUCCGACUGAGAGAGAACGAGCAGAAAGAAGAGACUAAUCCAUAAUAAUAAUUUAAAAAAAAGAAAUAUCCCUCCUCUCGCUGCUUCAGGAUGGCUGAACCACGCUUCAAUAAUCCAUAUUUCUGGCCUCCACCUUCUGCGAUGUCUGGCCAGCUGGAUAACCUAGUCUUGAUCAAUAAAAUCAAGGAGCAGCUGAUGGCAGAGAAGAUCAGACCGCCACAUCUUCCCGCUGCCUCAGCACCUUCCCAACAGCCCCUGCUGAGUCCCCCCAGUCAGGUAGAAAGUGGCCAGCACGGGAUGUCCAAAUCCCAUCAGAUGCAAGUUCUUCACAGCCACAGCUCGUCUCAGCCUGACAUCGCCCUGCACGCCCGACCGACCUCCAGCUCAGUCACAGGUCGUAUUCUGGGGGACGUAAACUUGAAUCUGGAUGAUAAGGCAGCUAUAAAAGCCAGAGGAUUAUGGGAAGACUGGCAUCUGCGCCAACUCAUUGAUCAUCCGUCCAGGACAAACCACGUAUCAGGUGUCGCGCUGGCAUCCAGAACAGGCAACCUCAACACCUCAGAAAUCAUCACCCCCACUACGCCCACUUCAAGCAGCCACAGUCGGCUGGGCGGAGCUCCGACCCCUCACCUCAUCUCAGGGUUAGCCAGUGGCCACGGGAUGGAGCCUGGAAAAAACAACGGGGGUCUUGUCGGACUCCUCGGGCCCCCUCCAAAAGAGGAGCGAGGCCGUAAGAGGAUCAAGGCAGAGAACGGGUCUUCGCUGUUGGUGGUGCCCUACCCGAUCCUCGCCUCAGGCAACGACCAACCCUGUGUCACCAUCACUGCCAAAGAGGGAAAGACCUACAGGUGUAAAAUGUGUCCACUGACUUUCUUCUCCAAGUCAGACAUGCAGAUUCACUCUAAAACACACACAGAGGCAAAGGCUCACAAGUGUCCUCACUGCACCAAGUCCUUUGCGAACGCGUCCUACCUGGCCCAGCACCUGCGCAUACACCUGGGUGUCAAACCUUACCGCUGCUCCUACUGUGAGAAAUGUUUCCGCCAGCUCUCCCACCUGCAGCAGCACACCAGAAUCCACACAGGAGACCGACCAUACAAAUGCGCACAUCCAGGAUGUGAAAAAGCUUUUACUCAGCUCUCUAAUCUUCAGUCUCACCAGAGGCAGCACAACAAAGACAAACCCUUCAAAUGCUCCAACUGUUACCGUGCCUAUUCAGACUCCGCCUCGCUGCAGAUCCACCUGUCUGCGCACGCCAUCAAAAACGCCAAGGCCUACUGCUGCAGCAUGUGCGGCAGGGCAUACACCUCAGAGACAUAUCUUAUGAAGCACCUUGCUAAGCAUACAGUGGUGGAACAUGUGAUGUCCCACCACUCGCCUCACCACAGGACAGAUUCACCCACCCUCCCUAUACGGAUAUCCCUCAUCUGAUCUCCUUGCACGUCUCCUUCCUGAGAUAUUUCAGCAUUCCUCUGACGGACUUGAACCCACUCAUGGGUUCUAAAAAUGUGCCAGAUUGUACUCGUAUCUUGUGAAGAGGUGCGCUUUCAAUGAGCAUAUCCUCCUUUCCGUUCUUGCUGACCAGAUAGUAUUAUUGGGGACAUCCAAAGAUGACUUCUCAGCACUUUCAGGCCUGGAAAUCACCGGCCCAAAAUGUCUUUUUCUAUACUACAGAAAAGUGUUUUUGCUCUUGGCAGCUACAUGGAAAAUCUUUUUAAACUUUCUGCGUUAUAACAGAUAACUUUGUCUUUUUUAUACGGUCCUUUAUUUUCUUUACUCAAGUCUUUACAAAAAAGAAAAAAAGGUAAUUGCAUCAGAAAUAGUCUUCCGUUAGCCCGGUGACCAACUGAAAAUAAAGAUGACUGCUUAUAUGAUGUGUAUUCAUGGACUGUAUAUUGUGCCACUUCUUGUCAAUGUUUGCAAUACCUCACAAUCACGUGGCCAUAAUAAACACAUAAAUAACAUGUUAACAUUUAUUUUCAGUCAUUUUCACCCUGUUUUCAUCUUUACCAAAAUGUGCAAUUCAUAAAUGAGAUGGAUGGGUGUUUUUAUUAGCAUGUAUAAUCUUCAGUGUUAGGAAAAUAUGCUAAAGGAAGACACAAGUAUUCAGUGUAAUAUGGCUGAGUUAGAUAGGGUCUAAAUUAUAAGCACAUUUAUAAAAUGUUUCAUGUAAGACACAAAAAAUUAAACAGAAAUUUUAAUUAGUUCAGUUCUUGUGUAAUAAUAGGUCAGAACUCCUGAAGUUGUAACAAUUUCUAGUUAAAUUCACAACAAUGAAUGAUGCACUUACACUACUUCUGUCUGCUUUGUGCAAAUAAAUAAAUGUGACUUUAAGACUGAAAUGUUACACCUCCACUCUGCUGCUGCCACAUGAAUAAACAUCAGUAAUGAGGUUCCGCUGUGGGGUUUUCAGCUAUAAUGUUUUAUCGAGGCAUCAACUCUAUUUGAAUAAUAUUUUUUUGUCGUUUUAUAAACAAACACUUUGCCAUUUUAUGCGUUUAAGCCUUAACUUUGUUACAACUCUUAGGAUCCACUCAGUUGUUUUAUCAUUUUACAUUUGCCUUUUAUAUCAUAGCAUGAUAUACACUGUAAAUAAACUAUAUAUUAAA